UGGAGGAUAUAGUUCAACAACCGUUUCGUUAAAAAGCGAAGCAUAUAAAAUUAAUCUGCAGCUCAAGCAAUUCGAAGUUAUUCACGAUUUCAAAAUGUACAUACGCUUAGCUUUUUUCUGCAUCGCUGUAUGCGGCAUGGCGAUUGCAAAUAACGUCGAAUACAUCCGCCAGCAGAAGGUAACAGCCCCUCUUGGAGCAGACCCGAAUUUUGAUUUGACCUCAUUUCAUCACAAUUCGGGACACCGUCGUGAAACUGCAGAGGAGUUACAAUUUUUACCGGAAAUGGAACAGGUCAGGCUUCAGACAGACGAGCCACCAAAAACGUUCAAACGCUCCCCCAACGACGAUGAACUUUCGACAAGCACUGUGGCCGCAGUUGCGCCAGGUUGCUGUGGUUAAAAUCAAAAAUCCGAAGCUGAACAGGUAAUGGAAACGGGACGAAGGGCUGAAAAUCGAUGUUCACACAUACUGUCGGAAAACAAUGAUACUUCUUUUCUCCAGAAAUUAGGGUCCUAAUGCACAAUCUGUAAUAGCAGUAAUAGUAUUUUAUCUUCCAAUGCUUAUGACACUCUGUCUUAGCAUCUUUCUUAAUUUGAUUUCACAGUGAAGAUCGUUGUGCUACGUCAAUUGGAUCAAUAAAAUGAUAUUUCCAAUAAA